AUGUCGGAUCAAGAACAAGAGAGGGAUUGGACUUUUGAGAAUUCUCAACCUCCACACCGAUCCAAAUCAUCAUCUACUUCAUCGUACUCACCAUCCAUGGCAUCAUCAUCCUCUGAGUUUGAAAUGUCUUGUAUGGAGGAUUGGAUGCUUCAAGAUUUUUCCAAUACAACCACUACUACGGAUCUGAAUGCUCAUCAUGUGCAUUUGCAUCAUCACCUCCAGCUUUCGGAAGAGCAGAAAAAUGAAACAAAUUCAUCCACACAAAACGCCUUGCUAGAGGCUUUAGGAUUGGAAGAGGACGAGCAUGGUAAUUUAGUUUCAAACGCUGCCUCGUAUUUGGAAGAUGAUGAGGAUUUUGAAGUGUCUAGAUUUAUUGAAAAUUAUUGUUCUGCAGUGCCGUCAUCAUCCGAUAAUCAUAUUUUCGCAAGCGACAAUGGUUUGAACAAUCGCUCAGCAAAUUUUGAAAACAGUUUCAGCAACAAAAUCACAAAGCAGACAACAUUUGAUACAAUCUUGAAAAAAGAGAAACAACAACAGCUAACAUCAACUAAAAAGCGUGAAAUAAUACUGAAUGACAGUAUUGAAAGCGCAGAAGAUUACGCAGCCUCGGAAAACACAAAUCAGCAACAAAAAACUCUUUCACCGUCAAAAGACGCCAAAAAUUCUGCGUUAGAAUGGAAUCUCCCAGUAUUAGAGGACUCAUCACUUCAUAUUGCCAAGCUCACGUCCAAUUCUUCCAAGUUGAACAACUCCUCUGAUUUACAUUUGAAGGAAAUUGAUGGCAUGAUUCAAAAUAUUCUUCAAAAAUAUCAAACUCCACAAAAGCAACAACAAGCAAAUAAUGCCUACACCAAUCAUGCUUCUACGGUUUCCUCCAACAGCCCACAAUGUGAAAAAUCCAACCGUCCACUAAUAGUGGCGUCUUCAUCGUCCUCGAAAUCUGUCAAGCCGCCAUCCCAACCAUCUUCUUCCAUUAACUUAUUAGCCCAAUAUAGUUCACCAAAAAUUAAGAGCCCUAAGACAUCUAAAACAAUUGAUGCAUCAUCCUUAUUGAAAAAGUCUCCAACAAGUUCAAUUCCACGCUCUAAAAAUUCAACAAGCCUCUCAGAAAACGCUUCGCGGCCAAACACGACACGUACUCAUGAAAUUUCUAAAACAUCUUCAACAAGUUUUCGAGAAAAGGAAGGAGAGUCAUUUUUUGAGAGAGCUGUAAAUUGGAAAUCCAACGUUGAAAAAGCAAGAAAGCAAAAAGAAAAAGAAUUGGACAGAUCCAUCAAACAAGAAUGUUCGUUCAAACCAGAAAUUAAUCCAAUGUCUUUAGGCAAACGAGACGACGAUAUUGAUGUUCAUGAUCGAUUAUACAUUGACUCAUUCAGAGCGUCUGAUAAGAAUGACGAGAUACGACACAAAUUAACCGAGGAAGAGUUUAGAAAAACGUGUACUUUUAAGCCAAAAUUGUUGAACAAGUUUUCAGUCUCCUCCAAGUACUUGGAUAUUUCUCCGAAAAAGGUUCCUUCAUCCAUCCAAGAAGAACCCUUAGAUGAAGAAUGUACAUUUAAACCUCAAACCAAUGACUCUAUAUUUUUUAACAAGAGCUGUAUGGAUUAUUUGAGCGAAGAUGCUUUCUCACGGCUCAGCAAAAGAAAAACACCAAAUAUUUCUCGUUCUGAUCAACAUGUAGUUGACAAUGAAAAGUUUGACAUGCUGUUCAUGAGUCGGCCGAAAAGUGCAGGUAAAUUCAGACCCUCUUCGAAUUUUCAAGAAUUUCUAAAACGGCAACAGGAUUUAAUUGAAGAUCGAGAUAGAAAAGUAGAUUUUAUCAAAAUGACAGAACAUCCUUUCAAACCGUCACUAAAUGAGAAGAGUGUUGCAAUAGUGAAUCGAACUGAGUUUGAGAAGAGAUGUGAAUUUUAUCAACAACGAAGGGAACUUUCUUUGAAACGAGCGGUACACGAAGUACAACAACAAUGUACAUUCAAACCAAACAUCUCUGAAAAGGCAAGAAACCAGCCACAAAAAUCAGUCAAUCAACUCUGUAGAGAUGGAUUGGAUCAAAAAGAACGAAAAUUACAACAAAUGCAACAGGAAUUGCUGGAUAAAGAGCUUCAAGGAGCAACAUUCAAGCCAAAUCUUUCCAGAACUAAGGACAAACAAUUAUCAACGUCGAUUGUCAAUAAUUCUUUCUUGUUGGAAAAGAGGCAACAUGCAAGAGAAAGGAAAAUGCAAGAGAUUGCCUUCGAGAAUGAAAGAAAACUCAUGAGCGAAUGUACGUUCAAACCUGUGAUUCACGACUCUCCAAGUUACGUGAAAAAGAUUGCUCGCUCCAUGUCAGCCACACGAACGAGGAAUGCAUCUCAAUCACUCAAUGAAAAACCUCAAUGGAGGUAG